AUGGCGACCGACCUCCUCCUCCUGGGCCCGUCCGUGGCGUCCUUGGCCUGGACGCUCCUCUGCCUCGUAGCCUUCAUCGGCCUCCGCGUCCUCCAGCAGGCGCGCCAGCCCUCCACGUGGAUGCAAGCCUUUGCUUCGCCUACGGCGCUCGGCCUCCCGCUGCACGCCACGACCCGCGACGCGCUCCUCACCGAGUACUACGACCCGCCGCCGAUGGCCGUGUAUGGCCUCGCGCUCGCCGACGCCAAGCCGCGCCUACUGCACGACUACGUUGUCUCGCCGCUCUUGCAGUCGAUCGUCUGGUGGGAGCGGGCACAGGCAGUUCCCAUUGAUGUGAGCGACGUGGUCAUGUCGCCACUCCUUCGCAUGCUCUCGCUGAUGCUGCCGCGCGCGCCGAACGACGAGACGCCGCCGAUGAGCACGCGCACCGCGUAG